GGGGGGGGACAGGGUCUGGGAUACGGGCACGGUCGCGGCGGGCGCUGGUCCCAGCCAUGCUGGCGCGUAGAGCGCUGCAGUGGGCAGCGCGGCGGGGCGGGCAGCGGCCGCCGGUGCGCGGCCUCCGCGGCUCUCCGCGGGCGCGGUCAGCCAUGCCCUCGUGGGUCAUCGACCGGUACGGCCGCAACGAGGUGCUGCGCUUCACCCGGGACAUGGUGUUCCCCGUCAUACAGUACCCCAACGAGGUCAUUGUUAAGGUUCACGCCGCCAGCUUGAACCCCAUAGACCUUAGCAUGAGAAGUGGUUACGGUGCAACUGCUUUGAAUAUGAAGCGGGAUCCCCUGAAAAUCAAGAGCAUGGACACUGAGUUUCCACUAACGCUUGGUCGAGAUGCCUCAGGUGUUAUCAUGGAAUGUGGACUAAGUGUGUCUUAUUUCAAGCCUGGAGAUGAGGUAUGGGCAGCAAUUCCUCCGUGGAAACAAGGCACCCUCUCGGAGUUUGUGGUAGCUAGUGCAAAUGAGGUAUCUUUUAAGCCAAAAUGUCUCAGUCACGUAGAAGCUGCCUCCUUACCGUAUGUAGGUCUCACAGCGUGGUCUGCGAUUAACAAAGUUGGAGGACUGAACCAAAGUAAUUGCAGCGGGAAAAGAGUGUUAAUAUUAGGAGCUUCUGGAGGAGUUGGCACAUUUGCUGUACAGCUAGUGAAGGCGUGGGGUGCUCACGUGACAGCAGUCUGUUCCCACGAUGCUGGCACACUGAUGAGAAAGCUUGGAGCGGAUGAUGUGAUUGAUUACAAAUCUGGAAGUUUGGAACAGCAGCUUAAAACCUUACCCUCAUUUGAUUUCAUCCUAGAUAAUGUCGGUGGAUCCACUGAGAAGUGGGCACUAGAUCUGCUGAAGAAAUGGUCGGGAGCAACAUACGUUACCUUAGUGACGCCUUUCUUGAUCAACGUGGACAGACUUGGAGUGGCUGAUGGCAUGUUGCAAACAGGAGUCACGAUAGGCUCCAAAACCGUGAAGCAUCUCUUGAAAGGAGUCCAUUAUCGGUGGGCCUUCUUUAUGCCAAGUGGACCAAGUUUGGAUGAAAUAGCACAACUAGUUGACUCAGGAAAGCAAAGCACAUGUCCUACUGAGAGGGCCAUUACCGGUUCUAGGAGUGCUAAGCAAGAUAAAUGUGCAUGCUGGUAUCUGCAGCAAAAAGGCCUGAACAUAUUUUUCAGUGAUGUAAGUAACAAGGAUUUUUUCUAGCACAAUAAGAAGAGCGUUUGGAUCUUUGAUUCUUAAAAUUUCUAUUACUGAAAGAGCUGGCUCCACACUCAUCUGUUGCUAAUGUCCUCUGCUAAGAUGAGCGGGAUCAGUUCAGCAAAGGAAGAUAGGAGGGGCUGAUAGGAGGGGUUACAAGGUAAGAACCCUGCCUCAGGGUAGGUGCUCUGGCAGCUCCUGUGUAGACAGAGCUUACUGUUGCCUCUGGAAGGGUGACUCAGAACAUGGUGAGAAGUAAUUUUCAGAAGCAGUUGGGAUUUCUUCUCCCUCCACUGGCAAACUGCAAUAUCUGAAGAAAAUACUGGUAGGGUUUUCUGGCUCCUUAGUCACUGAUGGGCGCAGUGAAUGGGUAGCUUCACCUUCAUUAUUAGUGAUUGCUCUAAAACAAUCCAGAAGGCUACUCUACAAAAUUAAUGCCAAAAUAGUAGCAGAUGCCAGCCAGGCUUCAUGAUGUGUGCCAGCAUGAAGACACAGUAGCUGGGUUUUCAAGUGUAUCCAAAUGAUUCAGCAACAGUGUACUUUCUCCUUGUACUUCAUUUGUAGCCAGGUCUUUUGAACAUAGUGAGGCACAUACUGAUGCAGAUGGGCACUAGAUUUUUAAGUAUCUUAAAACAUUCAAGCUCUUGAAAGGUUCUUGGUUUAACGAGAAAACCGUAUAGAUACAUGGGAGGUUAAAGCUUUGCAUCCCAGUCCUGGGCUAGGGCUCUGAGCUGUGCUACUAAAGAUAUAUCCAAACUCAGGGAGAAAGCAAAAACUCUUCUCCUGCAUGCAGUAGAGUCCCUGAAAAGAAGUUAAAAGGUGGUGACUGCACUGAGCAACUUCUGCCCUAAAAGUCCUUCUCCUUUCUUUAAACAGUGUGAAGGUGCUAAAACUAGGUCAUUUUAUUCC